GAUAAACUUCCUUACCACGUCUGAGAGAUUUUAGUGCAUUUAUAUCAGUUUUUCACUGAAAUUAAACGUAUUCCUGACAUUAUUAAGUCCGUUAAUUACUAAAAUGAAAUUGAGUGGCCAAUUAAUAGUUUUGGCAGUGUUCUUAGCUGUAGUAUCAGCAAGAAUAGACCCUAAAAAUUUGAAGUGUUUAGUAUGCCGGACGACCUUCGAAGAACUGGAUAAGGCGAUUAAAAAAGUAGAUAAGUGGAAAAAAGUAGAUGUGGGUAACUUCAGGAUGGAUGCCAGUGGUGACACCAUGCAGGACAAGGUUCCAGCUCACCGCUCUACUGUUUACAUCUCUGAGAUGAUUGAUGAUAUUUGCAAGAAGAUGGAUGAUUACGUUCGAGUAUACUACAAGGCGACAGGCAAGUUGGAGAUCAUGCAGCUCAUGACUGAAUCCGGUGGAAUGAACCCGGAGUUCUCCAAGACCAAGUUUGUCACUGAUGAUGACUUGAACAAAAGCUUGGAGUACUAUUGUGAGCGCAUGUUUGAGGAGAAUGAAGACGAAAUCACCUCUCUGUACAAGCACCGGCCUCACGAUGACGUCAUGCCUGACGCGCUCAACGAGAUCUGCUUCAAGCACGCAAAAUACUGUGAGGACUGGAUGUUGCCGAACGAAAAGGAUACCACCUGGACAGAGGAAAUGGAGAAAGAAUAUAUCAAGAUCCACGGUCCGGACCCGUACGGUUUCAACAUGGGAGGUAUGGGAGGCAUGGGCGGUUUCGGAGGCAUGGGCGGCCCUCCACAAAUGCCUGAUGGACUUGAAGAUGAGCUGCCUGAAGACCUUGAAGACCUGCCCGAGGAGGAGGAGAUUAAAGAUGAGUUAUAGACUGUGACUGCGUAUACACUAUGAUUUGUAGACAGUUAAUGAAA